AUGUAUGAUCGACUUCGCCUAUAUUUGACUACCCUGGGUAUUUUUGAAGGGGAGACUCCCCACAGUCUUAGAGCAGGUUGUGCAAUUACCCUGAUGCUCUCAGGAGCAGCUAAGUCCUCAUCAGAUAUUAUGAAUCACAUUGGUUGGUUUUCUUAUGAUAGUGUUCAGCACUACUCUAGAUCAGGAAUAAUGAAGGAUUCAUGUAUAACAUCGGAAAAGUUGGCUAAGUCAAUGUCAUCUAGUGAUGAUCCAGAGAAUAUCUAUAAAAAACACUCCUGUGAGACUAACAAUAUUAAACUGUAAGGGACAAUAAUAAGUAAAAAACAAAACAAAACAAAAC